UAUAUACAAUCUGAUAUGCCCUACACACAAUUAACUUUGCCAUUUGAUUGUAAAACCCUUACCAUUAAAACCGUGUACCUUUCUGAUCUAAAAAAAAUGGUCAUAGCACCCCUCGUUAUCUCCGGCCCCAUGGCCCUGAGCCGGUAAGCCCUAACCCAUUCAAGUAUCCAACUACCCAUUCAACUACCAAUUCAAUACUCCACCCAAUUACGCAGUUUAAUACGGACUCAACUAACCAAAUCUUUUCCCACCAAAAAAUUCUAUCUUUUCUAGCAACUAGCCGUUUCACUCUUCAGUCUUCACUUCCACCCAAUUCUCCCAUUUUCUCUCUCCUCUUUCCGCCAUGAAAACACUCUCAAUUCUCCUCAAAACCUCCCUUUCUCUCUCCUCAACUCCACCCUCUCUCCUCCAUUGCCGCUUCAUCUCCUCCCUCCCUCUCUCUCACCCAAUCUACACAAUCUGGGCUGCCAACACCAACCUCGGCAAAACCCUAAUUUCCGCAGGAAUUGCUUCUUCUGUCCUUGAAUCCCAAAACCCAUCUCAAUUUCACUACAUUAAGCCUGUUCAAACUGGGUUUCCCUCCGAUUCCGAUUCCCUCUUUGUAUUCAACAGGGUUUGUGAUCUCUUCCUUCGUCGUCGCGCUGAAUUCUCUCUUGUUGCGUCGAAUCAUGUUGUUAAGGUGUCGGAUGCUGCUGCGAAGGAGGUUAAUGGGGAUUAUGAAGAGAGGAAGGUGGGUGGUGUGAUGGGGUUUGGGGAAAAGAGGCUGAUUUGUAGGACUUUGUGUGCGUGGAAUGAGGCGGUUUCGCCGCAUUUGGCCGUGGAGAGGGAAGGUGGGGGUGUGGAGGAUGAAGAGUUGUUGGAAAUGGUGGAGAAAUGUUUGUGGAUGGGUGUGGAGGGUGAGGAGAAGAGUGAGUGUUGGAGUUUGAUUGAAACUGCUGGUGGUGUUGCUAGUCCUGGACCUUCUGGUACUCUUCAAUGUGAUCUUUAUAGACCUUUUCGUAUACCUGCUGUUCUUGUCGGAGAUGGAAGGCUAGGUGGUAUUUCUGGGACUAUUUCUGCAUAUGAAACUCUAAAGCUUCGAGGCUAUGACGUGGUAGCUGUAGUACUUGAAAAUCACGGCCUUGCAAAUGAUGGCUCCUUGCUGUCUUAUUUACAGAACAGCUUGCCAGUUCUUGUAUUGCCACCUGUUCCACAAGAUCUAUCAGAUGACCUGAUGGAAUGGUUUGAUGAAUCCCAUGAUGUAUUUGCUUCCCUGAAGCAAAUAAUGCUGUCAGCAUUUUCUGAGAGAGUAAAGCGAUUGCAUGACUUGCAAAAGAAGGCAGGAGACAUCCUAUGGUGGCCAUUUACACAACAUCAGUUUGUACCUAAAGAAAAAGUCACAGUAAUAGAUUCCCGUUGCGGUGAAAACUUUGCAGUUCACAAGGCUGACAAUGGCGAUGUCAUGACUCAACAGUUUGAUGCUUGUGCUAGUUGGUGGACUCAAGGACCUAGUGCCUCCUUACAGAUUGAAUUGGCUAGAGAUAUGGGUUACGCUGCUGCAAGAUAUGGGCAUGUGAUGUUUCCUGAGAAUGUUUAUGAACCUGCGUUGGAAUGUGCAGAGCUUUUGCUGGAAGGAGUUGGAAAAGGUUGGGCCUCUCGGACGUUCUUUUCUGAUAAUGGAUCAACAGCAACUGAAGUUGCCCUUAAGAUGGCAUUUCGCAAAUUCUUGCAUGAUAAUGAAGCAAUUGUGGAUAUUUCUGACCAGAAUGCUGAGAAAUCCAUAGAGUUUAGGGUAUUGGCUCUUAAAGGAUCAUAUCAUGGUGAUACUCUGGGUGCAAUGGAAGCACAGGCACCAUCAUCCUUCACAGGCUUUCUCCAGCAACCAUGGUACAUAGGCAGAGGCCUUUUUGUGGAUCCACCAACUUUGUACAUGCAAUGUGGAAAAUGGAAUAUUCAGUUACCUGAUGAACUUUCAGAAGGACAUCAGCAGGAAGAUUUGAUCUUUGAAUCACGGGAUGAACUUUUCUCAAAGAACAGGGAUACAUCUGAUGUUUCUAAAAGUUAUGCAUCUUAUGUAUCAAAGCAAUUAUCAGCAUUCUCUAGAAGUGAACAGAACAAAUGGAUAGCAGCUCUAAUAAUUGAACCAGUUAUACAUGGUGCUGGAGGUAUGUAUAUGAUUGAUCCACUUUUUCAACGCAUCCUUGUUAGAGAGUGUCAAAGGCGGAAAAUUCCAGUCAUUUUUGAUGAAGUUUUCACAGGGUUUUGGCGCUUGGGAGUAGAGUCUGCAGCAGAGCUACUUCAUUGUACACCUGAUAUAGCCUGCUAUGCCAAGUUGCUGACUGGUGGUAUUAUACCUUUAGCAGUUACAUUAGCAACUGAAGCUGUUUUCGAUACCUUCAUGAGCGACUCAAAACUGAAAGCACUUUUGCAUGGUCAUUCUUAUUCUGCGCAUGCUAUGGGAUGUACAGCUGCUGCUAAAUCUAUUAAGAAUUACAAAGAUGAAAAGAAAAACCCGAACUUGACACCUGAUGGAAGAGCACUCAAAGAGAUAUGGGAUGCAGAACUUGUUAACAAGAUUUCAAUGCAUCCACAAAUCAAAAGAUUGAUGGUGCUGGGAACAGUUUUUGCAGUGGAGCUCCAAACUAAUGGUUCUAAUGCUGGGUAUGCAUCGACUAUAGCUACAUCUAUUCUUCAAAAGCUUCGUGAAGAUGGCAUAUACGCGAGGCCAUUGGGGAAUGUUAUUUAUCUAAUGUGUGGACCUUACUCUUCUCCUACUACCUGUAGUCAAUUGCUUGUGAAAUUAUACCAUAGAAUUGAUGAGUUUCACAAGAGUAACUCGUCUUCAGGUUUAUAAGCUUUCUAAUUAAUGUUGCAUCAUUUAGUUGAAAACUUUUGCCAGAGUUAUUUUGUAAGAGAUUGUUUCACAUCAACUAUUUAAUGUUCAAUUACUAUCAAUUUUACAGUAUUAUUAA